AUGGUGGUGAUGGUGGCCUCGAACAUCGGGUCGGAGGAGAGCAUCUUGGAGAUUGCAGACUCGCCGAGGAUGACGUUGGAGAAGGUGAGGAUUGGAGUCGGGGAGAGGACGGUGGAGAGACGGGCAUUGUCCGGCGAGUUUCUCGAUUUCGCGGUCAUCAACCCGGCAUACGCCGGCAAGAAAAACAGAUAUGUAUAUGCAGCCAUUAUAGGGGUUAAGGCCUUAGUUGGGAUGGUGAAGUUGGACCUAACCUUAGCCGACGAAUCUGGCCGUGACUGCACGGUGGCUCGACGGCUAUACGGACCGGGCUGCAGUGGUGGAGAACCAUUUUUCGUGCCGAGAGAGCCCGACAACCCGACUGCCGAAGAAGAUGACGGUUACGUGAUAACGUACGCUCACGACGAAAAUACUCAAGAAUCGAAGUUUCUGGUUAUGGAUGCAAAGUCGCCGACUCUCGAUUUAGUCGCCGUCGUGAAGCUGCCGCAAAGGGUGCCCAACGGCAUCCAUGGCCUCUUUGUAUCCGAGAAAGACCUCAAAAGGCUUUGA